CGUCGAGCAGCUGCAGCUCUGUAGCUAAUUAGUUAAAUACUACUAACAGCGUACAAGACAGAUAGAUGUAUGGCAGUUUCUUCACUUUUCCUAUUCACUGCCGGCUAUUAGCAACCCUAUUUACAUCCACGAGCUGUCUCGCGUUCUACUCAUUAUUCCCCCCAAAGCAUCCGUGAAUAGAUAGACCUAGUCACACAGUUUCAAAAUGCUGGGUUCAGAUAUCAGCGACUAUGAGUACAGAACAGGGAAACGGCUUCUAAAUAUCUCUUAAUAACUGCUCCCUUUCAAACCCAUGCCGCCGUCCCUGCUUCUCUGACUCCGGUGAAUUUUGGCAAAUCUAUCAGAUGAAGCGGUUGACAGCCGUACGCCUCUACUUGCGGCUCCUGGAUUGGCUUCAUUGGCUUCAUCGCAUCGUCCUUCUCUGCGUCCAAACAGCACGGGGACUAUCAAGUCAGACACCAUGGUUACUGUCGAUAAGGAUGACGCGGAGCAGCAAAAACGUAACAUCACUGCUGGCGACUCUGCCACGGAGAUCAUACCGGAAGCUCAAGUUGCAACUAUUACAGAACGCGAAUUAGACAUCAGCACCGCACUUAGGCUCUAUCCUAAAGCAGCUGCGUGGUCUUUCUUUUUCUCCCUCGGUGUUAUCAUGACUGGCUAUGACCCCCAGAUCAUAGGGAAUCUAUAUGGUGUCCCCAGGUUCCAGCAGGAUUUUGGCUAUCUCUUCAAGGGGAAGUGGAUAAUUUCUGCUGCGUGGCAGUCAGGGCUCAGGUACAAGAUGCAAUUUUUUACUCUAAUCUCUAUGGCUUGUAUGCUUUCUUGGAAAACAGAACACUUAUUCGACCCUUUUUAAACAUGUUCUUUAGCAUGGGAAGUCCUAUCGGCCAAGUUGUAGGCGCCUUAGCCGCUACAUAUCCGAUGGAAUGGUUUGGUCGAAAGAAAACUUUUGCAGCAUGCGUUGUCUUGACUGCUGGCUGUGUCUUCAUCCAAUUCUUCGCACGGUCGUUGAAAGUCCUGAUCGUUGGCGAACUUCUUGGAGGCUUGAUAUUAGGAUCAUACGCAGUUAUCGCCCCCGCCUACGCUUCGGAAGUAUGCCCCGUUGCCCUGCGUGGUGUUCUGACGGCAUAUGUGAAUCUCUGUUUUGUUAUCGGCCAGUUCAUCGCCAACGGGGUCUCCGCUGCGACUCACGGGCUAGAUAGCCACUGGGCUUAUAGUUCGCCCUUUGCGACCCAGUGGUUCUGGCCAGCCGUGAUCCUUGCCGGGGUAUUCUCUGCCCCUGAGAGUCCGUGGUGGCUCGUAAGGAAGGGAAGACUGCAAGACGCCGAAAAUUCACUUCGGAGGCUCGCGUCAUCGAGUGUUGAUGUCAAACCAACCCUGUCAAUGAUUAUCGAAACCGAUCGUCUUGAGCAGCAGAUGGAAGCAGGGACUUCUUUCCGUGAUUGUUUCAAGAAAACCAACCUUCGUCGUACCCAAAUCGCUAUCGGCGUAUAUUCCAUUCAAGUUUUCAGCGGCAUUUAUCUCAUUGGAUAUUCCAACUACUUUUUCACACAGGCUGGUCUUCCUCCUGACGAUGCAUUCAAUAUGGGCGUAAGUUGUGACCUCCGUCGCCAGUGUCAGGUGGAUGAGUUUACAUGGUCUUUUCUAGGUCGGUUUUCUCGGGGUGGGAUUUCUGGGAUGCAUUUUAUCCUGGGUUCUCCUCGCAUACUUCGGCCGCCGAGUGAUCUACAGUAGUGGCCUAGCUGGGCUUGCGGUUAUUCUAUUAAUCAUCGGCAUCCUGGACUGUGUGCCUAACUAUACGGAACGUCCUGCGGUCAUCUGGGCUCAGGCAUCCAUGAUGCUGGUAUGGAAUUUCACGUACGACCUCUCUGUUGGACCGGUAUGUUUCGUCAUUCUUUGUGAAUGUUCCGCAACCAAACUUCGCAGCAAGACUAUUGCCAUUUCAACAGCUAUACAAGCUAUCUUCGGCAUAGUCAUGACUGUCGUGAUUCCUUAUAUGAUAAAUCCGGAUGCAGGGAAUAUAAGAGGGAAACUAGGGUUCUUUUUUGGCGUAAGUAACUUUUUGGCCUCUCGCUUACUAUGCUUGUGUUUUUAUACGUUUAACACAGAUCGUAGGGCCUUGCUUCUAUUUGUUUUGUAUGGACCUAUUUUAAUGUCCCGGAAACUAAAGGACGAACAUAUGAAGAGCUCGACAUUAUGUUUGAAAGAAGAGUACCUACCAGGGAGUUUAAAAGGUACAGGAUUCUCUAGGCACAGGACGGAAGAGGGUGGUAGAAACAAGAAGACCUUUGCUUUAGGCUAUUAUUCCAUCAAAGAUAUGUCCCCCACCCACCGGCAUCCGAUCCACACGAUGGAACGGGAUAUCCGUCUAGAUUCCACAGCAUUUAAAAUUCGCCAUGUUUGCCUAUGAUCGUCGUCGACCUUACUUAGCACGGUCACCGUUAGUUAUAGGUUCGACACACCGUCACAAGUACGACAUAUUCUGAACUACCUUUCUCCGAUGACGAGUCUCGGUAUUACCAUCUGUUGGCAGGUUUGUGUAGCGUGGGGAUGUUGCAUAUUAUUGGGAACUUUUCCUUCUACCCAGCCAUAAGGAUACCAGUAAUGCCUGCUUUAAAACGUUAGAAGCGUUGAUAGGCGCUGGGCAAUUUAACCGAGCACAGAUACUCAAUUGCGGAGGGAUAGGGGCAGCAUCAUUUUUGUCAUGACAUGCAAGCCAGUUAGCUGCGUUGGUUGACGGACUCUCAGAUGAUAGUUACAGAACACAAAUUCCCCCCUGCCCAGAGAGAUCGCAUUUUCCCCCUCUUUUAAUUUUGGACGCAAUAUUCCACCAUUUGAGGAUAGCAAUCUUGAGGGUACCUGAUGAUUUCGAUAUUGUUGAGUUGUAGGGGGACAGCGGUAGAGAGGCCAACGGCUGCGGCUGGUGUUGCAUUUCUUCCUCAAGUUACUGUAUAGCGCCAGUCCAUGUUCCAUCCCCGCAGGACAUCCCCGUGGCUGAGGUAGUAUAUGCUUAUACUCGGCGCGUCGGUCAAUUGCAUCGCGUGGGUCUAUGUCCUUGAGAUCUUCCACAUCCAUGCCAGAGAGAAAGGAACAGCGAUUGGAAUUUCAUCUACCUGGUUUUGGAGCUUUGUCACCAUCAUCAAUAUCGUCACGCCAGUUAUUUUCAACAGACUACAAGGGAACGUGUUUUCGAUAUUUAUGCGGGCCAAUUUCGCAUUCAUUCCUUUUGUGUGCUUCUGUUACCCGGAGCCAGCCAACAUGACAUUGGAGGAGAUAAACCAUCUAUUUGCACAAUCCGGCGUGUCUGCUCAGCACGUUGUUCAGCACAUCCAAAAGGAGCGCAGGGGGGCCCGCCUUGUAGGAGAAAACGGUCACGAAAUUCGACUCGUUCCCCCAAAAGAAACUUCUGAAGAUGCGGAGGGAAAGUUCAAACAUUCAGCUGCUCAGCGCGGUAUAGCGAAGGAAGCUGUAUACAGUCAACAUGGAGUUUCCAUUACCGGAUGUGCAAUGCCCCAUCUUCGCAUCUAUAUUAUUUCCAAAGGAACAGAAACUUGUAUGUGGCUGCGUUUUAUUGAAUGACAGUCAAAGGGAAAGCUUUUGCGUGCCAUGGUAUACCUUGACAAUGGACAGUACAUACUUCAUGUAUAUACACCCCGAAUGCACUAAUAGGGAGUAACACUAAUUUGAGCUAGUAGUUCCUCUGCUACAAGCUCAUAAAUAGGCAUAGCUUUUAUCUCCUCGAGCGACCAAUACGCCCGCAUUUUGUCCGCGCGAAGUUGAUCCACCUCGUCAUCCAUAUGGAACCACAAGAUCUCCCCAAACCCAUCCGUAAUCGCCUUCAAAUCUUUCAGUUCGAACUCCUUCUUGGGACCCUCGCACGCCGAAAGAUACCCCUGCAUCUUCGCCAGACCCGCGUGGAUACGUUGGUGCUACACAAGCAGCUCGAGUUCGUUAUUUUCAACUUUAAACGCUGGCAUACGCUGGCCCAAGUAAGGAAACACCAGUUUCUCCUCAACCCCAUGGUAGAUUUGCAGGUUAUUGCAGAAGUUUGUUCCAAUUUCGAUGAACUGCUCCACAGACAUGUCCUUUGGAAGCUCGUUGGCAACGCAGGCGUCGUAUAAUGUCACCCAUAUUUCGCGAAAGUCGUUAUGUUACAUGAGCUGUCAGGAUAUUGCUGCAAAAUGACAAGUGAUAUCUUGACUUUUCGAAAUUUUCCUCGUGCUCACUAACAUGGAUAUCCAUUUUGUCUGCAAAGUAGUUGAAAAUUUUCUAGUCUUCUGCAGAUAACUCUGGCAGCGGGUUGGCGGAAGCUGCCAGUUGAGCAAGGGGGUGAUUUUGUUCUUCACUCAUUGCGAUGCUGUUUCGUGCUCGCGAUGCACGCUGGCGCUCUCUUGAUGAAAUCCUUCGGGACAACCCUCUUUAUGGGAAUAAGGAAAUGAGGAUAUCAGACUGAACUAUUUGGUUCGCCGUUCAUAGGUCUGCCAAAACGGGGACUCAGCCUCCCUUAUAUACCAUAGGACUAACGUUGUCAAUUAGCGCAGCUGGAACUCCCUGCCUAAUCUUUCAGCUCUCUUUACCAUAUCCCCUGUCUCCUAAAACCUUCCUGAUGGUGAUUCUGUCAGACCUGCAGGUCUUAGAUUAAUAAGCCUCCCACCAUAUAACUUCCCACGUAGCUAGCAAUCUUCAAUCAAGCAAGCUUUACAUCAUCCACAGAUUUAGCAUAUCUGCAAUAUUUUUUUCACUGGCCGAGGUCGGCUGAGAACAACCCCGGCAAUGCGUGGUAUCAUGAUAUCGCCCUUGCAACCCAAGUCUAUGUAUCUGAAUAACUCCAACCCGAGCUGGACGGUUAGAUCAACAUGCCAAAUGCUUACGCGACGUUCUGGGCUACAACCUCCGCAUCAUCCAGGCAUCGGGUUUACAUUGCAUUUUGCUUUCCGUUUUCCCCGGCCUCUCAUGAUUUCACAUUGACGUAUGUAUGUAUGUUGUUCGGCUUCCGAAUCUUGAUUAUAUAACUAGCAGGAGUAGACCGUUAACCACCGGCUUUUUUUU